GCGGUGGCGGAGGCUGGAGCAGCUGCGGAAUCCGCAGAGGGCUGAAACCAUGGCUGACAGCUACAACCCGGAUAGUGAGCCAACGACGCGCACACUACUGCGGCGCGUGCUGGAUACAGCGGACCCGCGCACCCCUCGGAGACGCCGGAGCGCUUGGAUGAGUGCCCAGAAAGCCACACCUGAAACACAUUCCUCCAACAGACAGAACAGUGGAACAAAAACAACUGUCAGGCGUUCCCAGAGAAUCAGGUCUGUUAGCAAAUCGGCUCAUGUUCAAGCCAGUAGGCAACUGGAGGAACAAACACCGCGGACUCUACUGACGAACAUUCUACUAACUGCCCCAGAGUCUUCUAUUGUGAUGCCAGAGCCAGGGGUGAAGCCACUACCAACACCUAAGGUGGCCCAGUCCUCAAGACGAGAAAGCAGUCGGGGCAGCCUGGAGUUGCAAUUUCAGGAGCUUGAACCCUCCAUAACCGUGGCUCCAAGUCGACUAGCACUGGGCAAAAGAAAACAGAGGCUGAGACUGUCAGUAUUUCAGCAGGAAGUAGAGCAGGAGCUUCCUCCCUCCCAUGAGCCUUGUGGGAAUGCUGAUGCCUCCUCCCUUACCAGUUCCCUCAACCUGACCUUCACUACACCUCUUCAGCCACAAUCAGUGCAGAGGCCUGGUUUGGCCCGUAGACCCCCUAACCGCCGAGCUGUAGAUGUGAAUGCAUUUUUGCAGGACAUUCAAGAUACUUCCUUGGCCUUAGCUGCUCCAGGUGACAAUCUCAGAACUCCUGUUGCUACCCUACCAACAGACAUGGUGUUAGAGGAUACUCAGCCCUUCUCCCACCCCUUGGUUGGUCCUUCCCCCAGUGCACCUCCUUCUCUUCCCUGCUCUUCUCACACUGGGGCUGAAGAUGUUGUGAGGCUUGUCAGGCAUGGGCCACAGUGCAGCAGUUCUGGAGUACAGAACAAGAAGGAUGGAGCAGUGCCUUUUCAGGAUGGAGUUCAUGAGGCAGAGGAAAAGAUGGAAGAAAGCUGGAGAGUGAACAAAGAGAAAGAAACAACAACACAAAGACCUGCUGGGAUGGAAGAGUCUGAGGUACACACAGAGCCCGAGCCAGAAGGAUCUUUAGGCACUAUGGACAUCUCUGGCAAGGCAGCAAGUCCAGAGUUGGCCUCCAGCAUCCCUGAGUUUCUUCAGGCCAGACAACUUCAUCAGCUACUUGAACAAGCCCCACCACCUAGCACUGCAGCUUUAUCUUCAGAGCCUCUGGAGCCUCAGCUGACCAGGCAUCCUCCCAAAGCCCGAACCCCUAGCUCCAGGUCCCGCCAAGAUCCCUACAAAAUAGGACUGAACCACUACAUGAAAUUCUUUACCUUCUAUGCAAAAAUGCCCAUGGAGAAGAAGGCUCUUGAGAUGGUAGAGAAAUGCCUGGACAAGUAUUUCCAGCACCUUUGUGAUGACCUGGAGGCAUAUGCUGCUCAUGCUGGCCGCAAGACUGUGGGACCAGAGGACCUAGAAUUGCUGAUGAGGAGGCAGGGCCUAGUCACCGACCAGGUCUCCCUGCAUGUCCUUGUGGAACGGCACCUGCCACUGGAAUACCGGCAGCUUCUUAUCCCUUGUGCAUUCAGUGGCAACUCUGUCUUCCCUGCCCAGUAGUGUCCAGACUGUGACACCUGCCCUGUCUCUACCUGGUACCCCUUGACUGCAUACUAUCCCAAGUCUCUUCCCUAAUGCCCUCCCCCCUCCCCCAUCAAUAAAGUGUUUCAAAUAAAA